AUGAUGACGAUGACGAUGACGACGACGAUGACGAUGAUGAUGACGAUGUAGACAAUAAUAUUGAUAAUAACGAUGAUGUAGAUGCUUAUGAGAAUCAAUCUGAGCAAGAAUCGAACAUACUAACAUCUAAUACACCAGAUCAAAUAGAUACUGACUCCGAUUUCUAUGAGAAAGCACGUUCUAUGCCACGUUAUACAAGUGAUUCUGAAAGUGAUUAUAAAACGUACAGACCUAGUUAUGGUAAGCAAUGCAGUUCACCUGACUUAUCUUCAACAUCCUAUGGGGGUCAUCGAAAAUCUGUUAGCUUUGAUUUAAGCGGUGAUGAAAGAUCAAAAUCAGAUUACGAAAGUUCACGUACACCAGAAAGUUAUAAUCGGUUUUAUGACUCAGAACAAGAAUACAAUACCGCUCGUACUCGCUAUCCGCGUAAGGGUAUUUUGAGAUCUUCGAGUCCGUCCUCUUCUAAUAAUUCAACAUUAGAAAGAUCGAACCGUCCAAUGAAACCAACAACUAUUACUCCCACAGUAGCUCGAAUAAAAGAAAUUGAUUCGCCCGUACUUCAACAUGCAAUGCGUUCACCAUCACCAAAUAUUUCAAAUAAAGGUUAUAGAAGUCCGCCACCACCACCCGAAAAAGUGUUAGUAUCUACUGAAAUUGAAAGAGAUAAUCCCUUCCGUGAAGCUUAUUUAGACAAGAGUAAAACUGAUGAAUAUACUGAAAUAGCAAAAGCAAUAUCAAAAUCGCCAGUUGCCUUAAAGUCACCACGUGAGCAGUUUUUCUUUGGUUCGGGUUCAAAAUCAAAUGAAGAUCUUUUGUCAAACAAUCGUUCGAUAAAUAAUACCCGUUCUUCUCCUACAAUGUUUUCUAAUGCUCAAUCAAUGUCUACUGGAAAUCUAGUUGCAAGUUCAACCGGUACUAAACCUAAAAUCCCACCACCAUUAUUACCGAAACCAAAACUAAAAAAAGCUGAAAUUGUUCAUAAUUAUGCAUUGGAAACAUUUCAAAAUACCGACGUUGGACAUGGUGAUUUCGCUGUAUUUGAGCACGAUAUUACAACAAACACAAUACAAGAGGUUCACAGACCGCAAACUCCAGUCACGCAACCAGCUUCUCAAACAAAUAAAUUACCUAUGAGAGUUUCUACACCGCGUAGUCCUUUACGUCCACGUGAAAGUCCGCCACCACCUCCAAUUAAUUUUUCGACAAUGCCAAAGAAAACUUCUCCUUCAAGCACAGCGGAUGAACCUCACUAUCUUGAAGUAUUGCCACCAUUAGCUCCUGAAAUUCCACCAGCUCAAAAACGUCCGCAUGAAUUUAUACAUGAGAACUCUCCAAAUAAUAUACUGGUUUCUGAAGAAGAACAUCGCAUCAUACUUUUGAAGGAAAAUGAUCUACGUAAUCAAUUACGUAGCAAAACAUUGGUUCCAGAAUUAGGUGUACCCAACGAAAAUGCUCCAGCAGUGCCGGCGUAUGCAGGCAUCAAUAAAUCGGUAAAUCCAUUUUUAGAUAGUUCAGAUGAUAAUAUUGACUUACCAUUGCCACCACUACCCACUUUGCCUCUCUCAGCUAAUGUAGCAUGUGAUAGUAGUUCAAUUUGUGACAGCGAAUCUUCAACUACUAAUAAUGCCUCUAUUUCUUCCCCUAUUUCAAAUGCUAACCCGCAGAAGCGAUUGGAUUUUUCAUCAGUAACACCAACGUUUUCACUUAUAAGCCAUCCGUCACCAUCACAAAUUUUUCCCACAGCUCAAAUACUUCCUGUACAAUACACAAACUUACCACAGCCACAACAACCUAACACUACACAUGUCCUCACAGGACAAAUCCUAUCAACUAGUACAAAUACUUUUAAUACAACUACCCAACAACCCCUCCUUAGUAUAGGUGGUUAUGUGUUACUGCCACAAACACAGUUUUCUUCCUCCACAUCACAAUCACCAUCGCUUGCUUCAACGCCAGUGUUUUUCACCGGCAGUAGUCCUACAUCAACUGCAUUCUAUGUACAGCAACAACAAGCGCCACAGCCGAAUCCAGUACAGUCCACACAAAUGCAAUUAAAUCAACGUGCUUUGUUAUCACCUACAGAACCAAUUAAAGUGCCUAAAUCGGUAUCUGACAAAAAGCGUUUCUUUGAAUCAGCUAUGGAGGACCAACAUAAACCAACACAAAAAUCUGAAAAAGUUUUCUCGUUUCUGUCAAAAGAUGAAGUCGAGAAGUUGAAACAGGAAGAAGAAAGGAAAAUCGCAACCCUUCGUCGUGAUAAAAAUGCACGAUUAGCUGAUUUUAGCGGUGGAAGUUUAAAUGAUGCCACAAAUGAUGAAGCGGAUGGAGCUAAAUGCACUGGUAAUGAAGAGCAUGCAGAUCGUACUGAAGAUGAUGACGAUGAUGAUGAUGAUGAAGUCGACAAUAUAGACGUUGAUAGCGUAUUACGUGAUACCAUCGCCGAUCACAAUAAAUGUGAAAUAGAUGAUAUGAGUGUUGGCAAAAAUUUAAAUGCACCAAGAAGUCCUGCACAAGAAGUUAGUAGUACCACAACAAAUACAACAGCAAUAGCAAUGACAACAACAACAACGACAAUGACAACAAUACAAACAACAAAACCAGCUGCAACAGUCAUAACAAAACCAAUGUCACAUAAUAAAAAGGAAACUAAGGUAUCCGCACAUAUGAGCUCAAGUAAGUUACCCACAAAACACACAGAUGCGACGACAAUGUCAACAACAGUCCACCAGGAACCACCCACGCCCGAAGCAAACAGUUGCGCAUCAACAGUAACAUCACUACCAACAAAACAAAAUCAACAGCAGCAACAGCAAAAACAAGCACUAUACAAGCAACAAAAAAAGCAAAAUACAAUACCACAACAGCAACACCAGCAACAGCAACAACACCAACAACAAGAACAACAGCUGCAACAGCAACAAACUGAUAAUAUUAAAAAACCGUCAUUGCUGCCAAAACCAAAAGUUAAAGUGGUUAUACCACCGGCAUUGUUGCAACAACAAUUGUUGUUACAAGAACAACACCAGCAGCAACAUGAAGAAGAGGAAACCGUAACAUCGCCAACAUCACCAACACCGCUAACCAGUCGCAUACCAGUCCGCACACCAAAUGUCAUUGAGAAACGCGAAACAUUAAAUGCAAGAACUGCAAUACCCGCAAAUGUUGCCACUGACGCCAACGUGGAGGAUGCAGCUAUUGGUGCUAGUGUCAGUGCUGACGACGCUCUUAUUGCUUCAAUUGUGAGUGCCGAUGCUGCGAAUUUGACUUUUGAUGCCGAGCAGCAACAAGAGACUCCAACAAAAUACGCCAAGAGCAGAAAAAUGCUUAAUGCUGAAAAACGUGCCUCUUGGCGUGCUGCUCGUCUACGCUCUCUGGAACAAGGCGCUGUCGAAGCUCAGAAUGUCAUAAAAAACAUGAACAAAAUUGCCGAUGAUUUGCUGACAGAACCAAAAGCAACUAAGCAGGCUAAAAAGAUUGUAUUUCCUAAAAUCGCUAUUAAAUCUAGUGAUGGACCUGUCGUUAUACGCGAACGUGAAAAAAUACUCGAUGAGAAAAUUGUUCGCCGUACUGAAGAGGUGCCAUGUCCUGUUACAGGACGGCCUCAGUUGCGAACUGUUGAAUAUAUUGAGAAAAUCAUCGAAACUGAGGUGGAAACUUGUCGUGAGAGAGUAAUUUCACUCGAACUUCAAGAUCCAGAAAAGGAUGACUCACCGUACACAUCUCUUGUAAUGACUGACGUUGCUAGUCUCGAUGAUGAAGAACCACCAGAGCUAUUAAAAGAAAUUGAAAGUGGCGAAAAAAUGCAAGUUGUUAGUAAUGAUGAAGAUGAAGAAGAAGAAGAAGACGAGGAAGAGGAAGAGGAAGAAGAAGAGGAUGCAGCUUCUAUUGUCACAGUACAUGCAAAUAAUGAGAAAUUAUAUUUACGUACCGAUGAUGAGUUAUUGCAUUCCGAUGAUUUUGAUAGUAGUACAUUCGGUCCUUCAUCAAUUGAAAGCAUAUCAUCAACAAAAGUUGCGAUGAAACCACCUUCAAUCAGUUUACAUCAAACUUUAGCAAAAGAAGUUAUAAUACAUCCAACUGAAGAAAUAAAUAGAAAACAACAAACAACACAUACCAUAGUUGAAGUGGUCAAUCCUAUUAUCACAGGUGAAGGGAAAGUAAAGAGUAUUUCAGUUGGACGUGCUGUAGAGUGUGAAUAUCCAUCAUUUGAUAAUGAUGAAGAAAAUAAUUAUAAAAUACAACAAAAACUUGAUGAAAUAACAGCAACAACAACUAAUGAUGCUGCUACCAAAAGCCAUUUGGACGAUGACAAUAAUGAGCAGGAAGAUGAAGCGGACUAUGAAUUUCCUACAUCAAGUGAUUUGAUGCGAAGUGACACAUUUGUGCUUCCCUCUUCACAGCAGCCGCCACAACAGGAACUUUCAUUAAAUGCGAAAAUGAAAAAUGUCCUUGUUGAAUUAUUGGAAAAUGAACGUGUAAAAUUGUAUUUGCAAAAAAGCCUUGAAGAGGAUGAGGACAAAAAGUCAGAUGUAAAUGAUGAUGAUGAUGAUGAUGAUGAUGAUGAAGUUGAUUAUGUACGUGUACAAAAGAAUUUAACAUACAAAUCCGGUGAAUGUGGCGGUAGUAUUAAUGAUAAUCAAAAACUAAUCGAUGAGUUAGUGAGAGAUAGUAAUCGAAAUAGGGUAACCCAAAUGAAAGGCAAUUUAGUUAGCAAUAUUGUAGUUGAUGAAGAUGAUGACGAUGAUGAGGAAGAUGAUGACGAUGAUGAGGAAGAUUCAGAAGAUUCUGAUGAUACUGAUUCUGAUGAUGAAGAUGAUGAUGAUGAUGACACCAUACACAUAUCAUUUGUAGAUGGUUGCAAAAUAAUCGAAAAUCCUAAUAUUGAUACUCCAUUGAAGCUUCAAAAGUCACAAACUUAUACAACAAUGAAAGAAGCAGCCGAAGCAGCUGAAGCUGUUGAGGAAAAUAAAACCGCUGAAACAGCUGAUGCUGCUAAGGUAACGAAAUCGGUACAAGUCGUCACACCAUCCAAUGAAAAUGAAAUAAGUGAUUUAGUGAAACCAAUUGACAUUGUUGAAAAAGCAGAAAGUGAAUAUAGAGAAAAGAAAUUACAUUUAGAAAAACCAGUUAAUGUAGAAGAAGUAGUGGAAGAAGUUAAAUUAGAAGAUACAGUAGAAAAAUUACAGGCUGAACAAAGAAAACUUGAGGAAAUCACAAAGCAAUUAAGAAAAUCAGUUGAAAAUUUGCUAACUGAUGAUUUAAUGGAUGAGGAAGAUGCUGAUGAAACCGAACUAAAAUCUAAAGAUAAACAAAAAGGUAGUAAAAUCAUUAAAACGCGAGAAGUAAUAACUACACCUGGUAAGGGCGAAACACGAACAACUGUUACUGAAGUCAUCAAAGCAACAAGAAUACCACAAAGGAUUGACACAUCAGGCAGUGAAGAGACGGGUGAAGAAAUUUUUAACAGACUUCUUAGUGCCGGUGGGGAUUUAAAAGAAAUUUUUGACCAACAAACUGGAGAAACAGUGACGACAACCACGACGACAGAUACAGAGAGUGGUGGCACCAUUGUUACAACGACGACAACCAUAUCUAAUAUAGUCACUAGUGGCAUACCGAGAACUGUUGUCAAAGAGAAGACGAGCACCGAAAGUGGGAGCAGUAAAUUACCAACAGCAACGAAUCGAGUUAAUAAAAAUGGAAAACAGCAACAGCAACAAAAUAAACAAAAACGCAAAGGUAAAAAUGGCAAAAAAUAAAUUUACACUUGUAAGAUUAAAAGCGACGCAUCCGUGGUACAAAUCCUUAAGGAAAGGUGGGUUAUACGAAAAUUCGAGAGAAAAUUAUUAAGAUAAAAAUUUAUAUGCAUUCUAUUAGAACUUUAUAUCGAAAUUUAAAAUAUAAUUAAUUUCAGUGUUUAUACAUUGUAUUUUUUUAUAACUCAAGAAUUAUUUAUUGAUAUUAAUGUGAACAAUAAAUAAAAUUAAUAGUUUUUUCUUCGCGAAAAACAGCAACAAACUUUAAUUUUUAUAAUUAAUCAAUUAAAUGUUUUCAAAAUUAAUUUGUUAACAAUUGCCAUUAAUUAAAUCAUUGUAACUAAUCGUAAAGUUUAAAAUUUUGCUUGCAUUUAAUCCCACAAUCCUUCAUUAAAAUCUAAAACAAAAUUUCAUUUACUAAGUUUAAAUAAAAUAUUUGUUUAUUUAUUGUUUUAUUUUCUUUACCAAAACAAUCAUUUAUUUUUGUCACUUUUAUGUAAUAAUUUAUCCAUAAAUCUUUUUAGCUUAAGAAGAAAGAUAGCUGCUGAAAUUUGCAAUAAUUCACAGCUUGGAACUCCCACAAAACUCUCGAUUAUUAACCGGUCAUGUAUAAUGUUUAGUUUUAGGAUAAAACGAUUUUAAAUAUGUAAGCGCUGUCAAUCUGUAGCAUUCCGUUCUUUUGUGUAUUAUCUUUAGGUUAUAUUGUAAUUCCAUGUACUCUAUAUGUCCUGACUAAAGUAAGCCAUUAAAAAAAAAA